AUUUUAGUUCGUGAAUGCAAACACAAGACUUAGGAUAGUUGAUAAAUGCUUUACAAUUAACAUAUGGUACGUCAUAAGAAAGUGUGAACAGUGGAGAAGCAUUACUAAAGUAGGCUUCUAUGCAACCAUUGUAAUAAAAAUCCCGUAAAUGAUUAGAUAUGCAAUUUCAUUACUAAAGAUAGUAGAUGACUAGAGUUAAUAAGACCUUGUAAGAUAGAGUGCAGUAGUGAAUUUAAAGACUUUUUUGGAGAAACAUUGGGGAGAAAAGAAAGAGCCUGGACAUUUUGUAGUGAAUCCAGAAGAAAAGGCUUUGAUUAGAGGAACAAUAAUAGAUGCUUUAGCUAGGUUAGUAAUAAUAUUAAAGAUUCAUUUAGAUGUAUAUAAGUUAAGAAAUUGAGAUCGUAAUAUGAAGAUUUGAUAUACAAAUUAGUAGCAAUCGAUUUUCCUAAAGAUUGGCCAUAACUAGUUCAAUAAUUAGUUAUUAAAUUGUAGAAUUACACAUCAUUUGAUGAUUUAUGGAGUGCUUUAUUGACUUUACGUAGAGCAUGUGAAGUUCAUUAAUUUUUAUUGGAUAAUGAUCGUAAACCAUUGGAACCUUUAGUAGCAUCAACUUUUCCACUUUUAGAGACUUUAAUUUAGAAAUUCCUUGAGAAUUAUAAUGAAUAAAGUGGAUAAUUAGUAAAAGUAAUAUUGAAAAUAUUCCAUCAUGCUACUCAUUUAGUGAUGCCAAUAUAUAUGAAAGAUUUUAAUAUUGUUGCUAAAUGGAUGUUAUUUUUUAAAACAAUCAUAUCUUCACCAACUCCUCCUGAAUUAGCAUCAUUUACUUAAGAUUCUGAAGAGGAAACUAGAAGAGAAAAAACAUACAUAUGGACAAAUAAAAAGUGGGCUAGUAGAAUAAUUUUAAGAUUUAUUCAAAAAUUUGCGAAUAAAAAAAUGGUUGAUGCUGAUAUGGCUGAUUUUGCAGAACAUAUUAAAAAUACAUAUGCAAUUGGAUUUAUGGAAUUAUUUUAUAAGAUUCUAACAGAUAAUUCAUAAUUUUAAGGUCCUAGAACAUGUUUAUUUGCUCUUAAAUAUUUAUAUUACGCUCUUAAAUUAGAUAAUACAAAAGAAUUAUUAAAAGCACAUUAUGAUAAAUUGAUUUAUCAUGUUGCUAUUCCUAAAAUGUAAUUAACACCUAGAGAUGAUGAAUUAUGGAAGAAUGAUCCUGAAGAAUAUAUUAAAAGAUUAGAUGACUUUUCUCUUUCAACUUACAAUAUGAAAAAUCCGGCAAAUGAUCUUUUAUAAGAGAUAUGCUUAUAAACAGAUGCUAAUGGUAAUUUGAUGCUUAUAUAAUUCCUAAAUUAUUGUCAGAAUGCCUUUAAUUCAAAUAUAGACCCUCUAACAAAUUAACCAUUGAAUUUACUGAAAAAAGAAGCAUUACUUUGGGGAAUUGAAUGUUUAGCACAUUAAAUUACAAAAAUUGAUGCAAUAAAAGAUGGAUUGGAAUAAAUUUUAGAGAAACAUAUAUUGCCUGAAUUUUAGAAUCCUGUAGGAUUUUUAAGAGCUCGUGCUUGUCAUGUAUUUAAUGAAUAUGGUACAAUUGAAUUUAAAAAUAAAUAAAACAUUUAAUUGGCAGUAUAAGGAAUAUCUAAAUGUAUUUUAGAUAAGGAGUUACCAGUUAGAGUUGCAGCAGCAAUAUCAUUUAGUUCAAUAUUAUAACAUAAGGAAGCUUAAGAUUUAAUUAGACCAUAAUUAAGUUAAGUAUUGGAAAUAUAUAUUAAAUUGAUGGAUUUAAUAGAUAAUGAGAGAAUAGUAAGAUCCUUGGAAGAAAUAGUUAAGAAUUUUACAAACGAAAUUACUCCAUAUGCUCAUUAAUUAGCUGCACAUAUUGCUACAAUAUUUUAGAAAUAUUGUAAUAAAUAAAAUUAAGGUGAUGGUGAUUCAGAUGAUGAUGGAGAAGCUGAAUUAGCAGCAUCAGGAUGUUUAGAAGCAAUUAAAAGAAUUUUGAAUGCUCCUCUUUAAUAAGAAUCUUAUGUAUAAUUGGAAUCAGUAAUAUUUCCAAUAAUAAACUUUGCUUUAACAGAAUCAGGAUGUGAUUUCAUUAAUGAAGCAUUGGAAAUAUUAAACUUAAUGCUCUAUAAGAAAAAAUAAUUAACACCAGGAUUAUGGUUUUAUUAUCCAGUUUUAUGUUACAUCAUAAUAGGAUUACCAUAAGAAACAAAUGUAUAUGCAUUACAAGGAUUAUCUGAAGAAUAAUAUGUAUUAUUGGAAGGAUGUAAGAAAGAUUGGGGAAGUGAAUUUGUAACUUAAAUGUUGGGAUCAUUCAGAAAUUAUAUUUAAAAAGGAGGAAGCACAUUUUUAACUUAAAGUGAUUUCUUUGGAAAUUCCUUUAUCUCUUUGAUUUUUAGGUUCAUUCAAAAGAUCUAUACUAUAGCUGAAAAUGGUUCUGAUGAAACUGAUUAAAAUCAAGUGACUACAAUAUUGAUUACAUUAAUUGAGAAUUUCCAAGGUUAAAUUGAUAAUUUGAUUCCUCAGAUUAUUGACUUCACAUUAUUAAAUCUAUCAGUAUUUAUAUUUUAUAUAAUAAUUUUAGAAAGAGAAGAAAACUAAUAAAUUUAAGAUGGUUAAUAUAGGAGUUUUGAAUAUGUGCAUUUGGUAUAAUCCCUAACUUGCUCAAAACUAUUUGAAUAGCAAAGGGAUUACAGAUUAAAUAUUGUAGACAUUGUUUUAAAUGGAGAAACAUUAUAAAUAUGAAUGGGAUAUUAGUAGAUUAAUUUUUGCUUUAUGUCAAUUGUAUUCACUUCCAUAAAUUCCUAACUAUUUAUUGACAACUUCUGCAGAAAUUGGCAAAUUGUUUGUUAGAUUAUCUACUAAGAUUUUAGAAUUGAGAGAAGAAGAAGAAUCAUGUGAAUAAGAAGAUUAGGCAGAAGAAGAAGAGGAUUAAAAAAAAUUAGCAGAAAAGAUCUAAGAUUUAGAAUAAGAUGAAGAAGAUGAUGAUGAUGAUGAUUAUGAUGAAGAUGAAGAUGAUUAUGCAGAAUUAUAUGAUAGUCCUUUAGAAGAUUAUGAUGCUAUUUUAUUAAUGGAGAAGCUUAUAUUGACUUUACAACAAAGCAAUCCUCAAUUGUAUUCUGGUCUAUUCUCAUAAUUGACAUAAUAAGAAUAAGAAUAAAUGACUAAGAAUAUAAAAGAAGCCAAAGAACAAUAUGAUGAAUGGAUCAAAUAGAAGUAGCAAUAAUAGAUGAAUAAAUGAUUGCUUGUUUAUAACAUAUAUUAAU